AUGGGCUUUCGUAUUACGACGUGGAACGUCAACGGCAUAAGAAAUCCAUUUGGGUAUCAGCCAUGGAGAGAAAAGCGUACUUUUCAGGCGAUGUUCGAUAUUCUCGAAGCCGACAUUGUUGUGAUGCAAGAGACCAAGAUUCAGCGGAAAGACUUGACGGAUGAUAUGGUUCUGGUUCCUGGGUGGGACGUAUACUUCAGUCUACCAAGGCACAAGAAAGGGUACUCUGGCGUUGCCAUAUACACACGAAAUGCCACCUGUGCACCUAUUAGGGCUGAAGAAGGCAUAUUGGGUGUGCUCUGUCCUCCCAAAUCAUCGACACAGUUCCGAAACCUCCCCAAAGACCAACAGAUUGGGGGCUACCCAAGACCAGGGCAGCUCCCAGGAAACAUCGACGAACUGCUACUGGACUCCGAAGGAAGAUGCGUCAUUCUCGAAUUUCCUGCCUUUGUGCUCUUGGGUGUUUACAGCCCGGCUAACCGCGAUGAGUCAAGGGUGGAAUUUCGCAUGGAGUUUCUGCAGGCCCUCGAUGCUAGGGUGCGAAACUUGGUCGCUGAGGGCAAGGAGGUGGUUUUGGUGGGGGACUUGAACGUGAGUCGCUCCGUGCCCGACUCCACCAACGUUGUCGAGAACCUUCGAAAAGAAGGUCUGAGCAUAGAGGAGUGGAUGAACCUACCUUCACGCCGCCUCUUCAAUCAUCUGGUCUACGGAGGCACGGUGCAAGGAGAUCGGGAUGAAGGGCGGGAGCAGCCUACGCUGUGGGAUCUAUGCAGAGAAUUCCACCCCGCACGAGAGGGCAUGAACACAUGCUGGGAUACGAAACGAAACACACGGCCGGCCAACAACGGCAGCCGCAUCGACUACGUGCUUUGCAGCAAUGGGCUGAAAGACUGGUUCACAGAGGCCAACAUCCAGGAGGGCCUAAUGGGAUCUGAUCACUGCCCAGUUUUUGCUACGCUAGCUGAUGUCGUUACGACUGGCACCGAAAAGGUGCCGUUGCUGAACCUUGUCAACCCAGCUGGCAUGGUUGACAGGGACGGUCGACGCCUCCGUGAAUGGCAUCUCAAGGACGUCUUGCCUUUAUCAGCCAAGCUGAUUCCUGAGUUCGACCGGCGACAGAGCAUCCGGGACAUGUUUACGAAGAAAGCUGGCGCUAAGCCGUCGAGCUAUUCUUCGUCACUGGCGCCUUCCAGCGCCACAGAGUCUACCCCAGAAGGAGAGCCAGUGGCCGACUUGGCACGCUUGGAGCAGACUGGCAGCCAGACAAAGACGACGACGAGCCACGCUCAUCACAGGCUCGGACUGAGCGGCGCUAGCCACUCCGCAGAUUCGAAAUCGCCAACUGGGUCGGGGCCAGAGGCGCAAUCCACAAAACGUGCUGCGGGGUCCGUCGAUCGUGCUCAACCACCCUCUCCGAAGCGCAACAAAGUGCUUGACACUGGCCAAAAAACUCUACAGGGCUUUUUUCAGCCCUCGCCCGCUAACCGGAUGCUAGGGAGAAAGGACAGCGACACGACCACAAGUACCAGCGCCAGCGCCAGCGCCAAUGCCAAUGCCAACGCCCCAUCUUCUGAGACAAGCGGCGGUAAUUGGCCGGAAGGGUUGCCGGAUUCAGCGUUUCCAGCCAAGUCAGCUCCUGAAGCCUCCACCCAGUCGAUGGAAGCUGCUGCCAGAGUGUUUGACCCGAUUCAAGCAAAGGAAUCCUGGUCGAAACUUCUGGGAAGACGGAUGCUUCCCCGAUGCGAGCAUAAUGAGCCCUGUAUCAGCCUCACCACGAAGAGACCAGGUGUGAAUUGUGGACGGUCAUUCUAUAUCUGCGCCCGGCCACUAGGCCCCUCUGGCGAAAAAGAACGAGGCUCUGAGUGGCGUUGCGGUACUUUCAUUUGGAGUAGCGACUGGAACGGAUCACCAUCGUAG